GGAUUAACAAGUGUAAUUAUUAUUCGUAUUAUAAGAUAAUACUUACGUAGGAGAAGAGAAAAGAGGAUGUUGGCAUUCUAUUCGUCCUUCCUUAUUCACCAUGGCGCGGUGGUACGCGAUAGAAGUUACAGCCCUCCUACCGUGGAAGGUACCCUAUGCUUUCCAGGUUCAUUGUGGUCGGCUCUUGCCCGCUCAACCGAUGCAAAGCUUUCAAUGACCAAACAUCAACUUCGCAACACUUUGCCAAGCUCUGCCAAGACAAUAACCAUCUCGUCAUUUGCUCUAAAGUCACGGGCUCGGAAUACUCAUCAAUUAAUGGCCAGAACUGUUGAUGCACAGCCAUGCCGUUGCGAUAUUCCGAACCGGCACCAAACACUCAUUUCUGAUGUUCUAGAACCAGGUCUUUGGCUUGCAAGCCACGACUACAAAGCACGUUAAUCAGUCUCGAUUGCUGUAUAAUUGCAGUCACAUGUCGCGACCAUUAUCAGGCAAUUCUGGUUCUCCUCAACUUGACUACUGAACCCUCAGAAAACACCGCAAUUCCGUUUCUUCAUCGCUGAAAAUGGAGCCAGUUGGGAUCAUUCUGCUCGUGCUUUUUCUCUUCAUCAUUAUCAUGGGUCCUUUGUAUGUCUUCCAUUGUCAAAUUGGCCACCUGCUAACUU